AUGUCUUCUAAGUCGCCGCUCUCCAUAUCGAAUCUAAUGAACCACUCCAACGGCUCGUCGGAACACCCAACGCGGACGCAGUCCCCCAGAAUUAACAACUUGUCGAGUAGUCCUAUUUAUAACUAUCUACAAUUGCAGUCACAACAACACCCACUUCCACACCCACAGCCGCUUCCACAGCCACACAUGAGCCAUGAACAGAAUCCAAGCAGCAGCUACAACUCGGUGCUAAGCUCACCCCAAAAGCAACCUCCAAAUAACCAACAACAGCAACAACAACAACAACAACAACAACAACAACUAUCAAAGCAACAGUUUCAGCAACAACAGCUCGACUCGCUAUCCUCAGAAACCAUCAGUCAAGCAGUGUCCCAUGCUGCCAAAAAGGCCCUACUUUCAACAUCGUCGCCAGAGGGCAUCCAAGUAGCGUCUCAGAUUACUCCCACAAGGUUGGCGAAUUUACUCAUCAAAAAGGGUCCCUUGCCUAUUCGGCAUAUAACUGCACAAUUAUCAAUUGAAGUGCCGCUGUUUGAAAUGUUGAGUUUGAGCAAGCAACGAAGAUUGAUCAUGGCUGCAAUGGAGCAAACCGAUCCAUUGAACAAUGUCGUUUUCGAAAAAAUCGGCUGGGGCCAGUGGGCGGUUAGAGGCGUCGAUUCCGACUAUAUUGUAACCGAAGGCAGUGAACAGAAACUAGCCCAGCAAAAGGAAUCUUCGAAACUGGACUCUAGUAAAAACGGACCCAAGAUGAAAACACUGUCGUUUGAAGAAAACAAAAAGAUUAUCAACAUUAACGAUUUAAGAAACCAGACUAAUUUGAAAUUGGGCUGGCUGAAGAAGAAAAAGCAGCAACAGCAAUCACAUUUGCCUCCUCCUCCUCCACCACUGACAUUGAAAAACAAUAAUGAAUUGGAUAGAUUGAGAAGAGAAUCCAUCACCAAUCAAGUGCGAAAUUUGCACAAUUUGAAAUUACCAAAUGAAAGUAUAGAUAAUGCGAUAGCUUCUGACUCAGAAGAUGAAGCAGAGGAAGUAUCCGGGAUAUUGAGGGAAGAAGAUGAAAGAGAAAGGCCAAGCUUCAGUGAAGAAGAGGAGGAAGAAGAAGAAGAAGAAGAAGAAGAAGAUGGUGAUGACGAGGAAGAAGAGGACGAUGACGAAGAAGUAGUGGGAGGUGAAGGAGGCAGAGAAGGAUCAGGAACAGGAGCAGGAGCAGGAGCGGUAGAUGAUGAAGACGAGGAAAUGUUUGCUGUUGAUGACGUAAUACCUGAAGACAAAGCAACUAACGGAGAAACGAGAUUCAAAAAGACUUCUCCUCCAAUCAAGUUUGCCAAGAGAGUCCCCAUCAGGUUCAGCCCACCUCCCAUCCUGCUGUCUGUUUCGUCAUUUGAGCUCAAAACAAGACGCAGAAAGUCAAGUUCAUCAGCUCCCAACUCCAUCACCAAGCCCUCGAUAACACGCCAAUACUACACUGGCAACUACCAUCACCAUCAUUCACUGAAAUUAAACUCGCUUGAGAAUUUGGAUAACUACCUUGUUUCAUCGGCGAGAAACUCAACCGUGCUGAUAAAUCUGCCGACUCCUCCAGCAAUUUCCUUCAGUUACAGCGGCAACAACAGCGUUGGCAUCAAUUCAGGUCCAGGUUCAGCGUUGAGUAGCAGCUCGCCAAUUGGCUCCUAUUCUGCUAAUAACUCGGCAAACAGUUCAAGCAACUAUUACAUCCACAAUGAAGAAAUAGCCAAGGCCAAUAAAAACAGAAGAAAAUCCUCAUUUAAUGAAUCCCAUGUUCGUUCCACUUUGGCUCAUGGACCCCAUAAUCAAACACAACUAAGACCAGCUUCAAAUGUCAACAGUAACGAUGCUUCAAGCGAUACAGAUGAAGAGGACUGGGAGUCUAUUGGACCCGAGUUUUUAAGAAGGAAAACCACCACAACCCUGACCAGUGCAGCAUCAGCUGCAGCUGUUCGCCCUGUUCCCACUGUUCCCACUGUUCCUGCUGCUGUCAAUGUUGAACAUAAAGUCAACGAAAGCUUAAUAAGGAAACUAAAAGAGAAACACGCAAGCGACGAAGAAUUGGACGGUGCAGGGGCCAACGACGAAGAGAAAUCAGCUGCUUUUGCUUUAGUCAAUCUAAUGUCUGUUUGA